GAAAGUCUUCCAGGUACAACUCCGCUCCCCGUCUUGCAAUUCCUGUCGAUUUGCCUGAAUUAGAUUUCUCAGGAUUAAAAUUGUCAUGGCAAACGGCACGCAAGGGCACGCCUACGAUGAUAGCAACAGGGCGUUUCUUCAGGCCUUGAUGGCCCGCUCAACACUGACCUACGAAGAAUCAAAACCCCUCCUUGCUGCUAUCCUCUCAGUCCGCGGAGGUGAUACUGUCUCCGAAGACGAUAUAACAGAAGAUGACCUCUCUACCUUCAUCGCCGCGGCGAAUUCAGCAAUCUCACCCUUUGAUCUGGAAAUCAGAAGCACACUCCCCCAACUCCAAACCGAAGCGCCCCUUACCGAAGCUGUCGUACCGGAGCGCGUUUACGCCCUCGUGAAUACCACCAGCGAUGGCCUGACCCAGCUUGCGACAACGUACACAGCCGAUGAGAUCUCGUUCGUGAAGCGCAUUCUGGACCGGAUGUUCGAGGCGAAUAAUACCCGGAUCGCCGAGGUUAUGGCCGUCAGCUCGAUUGAGGCAAUUCAGCAGUCGAAAGUGAAUGGUGAGAACCGGCGUGAGUCGGGCUCUGCGACGCAGGGUACUCAGAGUGGGGCUGCGCAGCCGCUCAACAUGACGCAGGCGGAGACUGUGUUGAAGCAGCUUGUUGAGGAUGGGUGGUUUGAGAAGAGUAGGAAGGGUUAUUAUAUGCUAAGCCCGCGAGGACUGAUGGAACUCCGGGGGUGGCUUGUUGCAACAUAUAAUGAUGAGAACGAGGAGGGGCGCAGGGGCAAUAAGAUUAAGUUCUGUGCGGCCUGCAGGGAUAUCAUUACGGGUCAACGCUGUGGAAAUCGUGAGUGUCUAGGCCGGUUACACGAUCAUUGUAUGCGCAAUUUCUUCCGGGUGCAGAAAGCGGAGCAGUGUCCGGUGUGCAGGGCGCCAUGGCCAGGAGACAAGUUCGUCGGGGAGCGCGCGGUCGUAACGACGGGUCAAAAUAGACGGAGCGGUGGUGGUCGUCCGAGCAUGGUCGAACCAAACACGCAAGUGUCGCAGACUACAGACGGAGAUAUGGAUGAGGAGCUUAGCGAUUGAGAUUGACGGGUACCUAUGCGAGUCUAUUGACUAUGCAACGGAUUUGAACAUGUGUCUACGGCUCAUCUAUAGCCUACCCCUACCCACUGGGUUCCCCAGAUCAUCGCGUCGUCAGAUAGUACCAGCGCGGCGUUGCGCUUGAAUUUCACGCAACCGGCUGAAUCUGGACCAGA